UGGCUGGCGGAGGGACAGGCGGACGGGCAGACAGACGGGCUCCUCCAUCCUCUUGGGCAGGCGGCGGCAGCUGCUGCUGCUGCUGGGCCGCGCGGAGCCUUCCGUAGCCUUCGAGUGACGCCUGGCAGAUAUGGCUCGUGGACAGCAGAAGAUCCAGUCACAGCAAAAAAAUGCCAAAAAGCAAGCUGGACAGAAAAAGAAACAAGGCCAUGACCAGAAGGCUGCAGCAAAGGCUGCUCUAAUAUACACCUGCACUGUCUGUAGGACACAAAUGCCAGAUCCCAAGACCUUCAAACAGCACUUUGAGAGCAAGCAUCCGAAGACUCCUCUUCCUCCAGAAUUGGCUGAUGUUCAGGCAUAAAAUUUGCAGGUGAAUUCAUGGAUCCUGUUGACUCUUCUACUGUCAGACAUUGCAUAACAAACCUGCAGCUGCUUUUCUAACAAACUGUUGAUCAGCAAAAAUGAAGGGGCUAUGGAAACAUUCAUAUUUUUAUGCUGUUCCUCUUGGGCUUUAUGUAAAGACAAAUCUAUAACUGUACAGUUGUGCCCUACUUGGAAAUCUGAAAAUUGGUUCAUUCUUAAAUUUUUUACAGUUGUAAUUAUAUUGAUGUUCAUAUUGUGUAAAAUAACUCAUUUAAUAAAAUAGUACUUUGAUUUUACAAUA